AUGGCGAAAGAUAGGUCGUUCGCUGCUUUCAUGGACUGCGUUUUGAGCCAAGAUGAGCUCUUUCACCUGGAUGCCGACUACGCUACCGGUGUGCGACGACGUUCUUUAAAGGACCAUCAAAAUCCCUUUGAACAUUUUGACGACAAUGAAUUCCUCGUGCGCUACCGUUUCACGAAGGCAACCGUACAAAGCCUUUUUGAACCAUUGCCGCUGGAAGAUAGCGUAUGCAACCGAGGGCUGCCCCUACCUCCCAUACUACAGCUGCUCAUCGCAAUGCGUUUUUAUGGCACUGGGACGUUCCAAGUCAUCGCAGGGGAUCUUGUGAAUGUGUCACAGCCGACAGUGUGCCGCGUUGUGGAAAAGAUAUCACAGCUCCUCGCAAGGACACUUUUUAAGAAGCUUGUGAAGUUUCCCGAAGCCGCAGAGGAGUUCGACGCAACAAUGAGGGAUUUCUACCAAAUUGGCAAAUUCCCAGGGGUCACUGGAUGCAUUGACUGCACCCACGUGAGGAUAAAGAGACCCGGAGGUCCCGAUGGGGAGGUUUUUCGUAACCGGAAGGGGUAUUUUUCGAUCAACGUACAGGCCAUUACUGGACCCCGGCUACAGUUCUAUGACCUCGUUGCGAGCUGGCCUGGUUCCGUGCACGACAGUAGAAUAUUCGACAACAGUAGAGCGCGGGUCCUGUACGAGCACCACCGAGUGCCAGGCGUGCUGCUGGGAGACGCAGGCUAUGCCUGCACAACAUUUUUAAUGACGCCUCUGGCCAACCCAGGCGCAAAAGAUAGCCCAGAAGGCUGGUACCAGGCAGCGCACAUUCGAACCCGGAACAGCGUGGAGCGAGCCUUCGGCGUUUGGAAACGGCGGUUCCCAUGUCUUGAUAUGCCGCUGCAGCACAAGCCGCAUCGUUCAGCCGUCAUUGUGACAGCAUGUGCUGCACUGCACAAUUUGGCUCGCAUGCUUAAUGAGCCAUGCCCUCCAGAUCUGACGACACCAGCAGAUCCCCCACAACGCCAACAAAGGCAGCGGCAGCAUCACGUUUUACCUGUCACUGCCGCCCCUGUGGACUCCGUCAACGGCACACAGAUGCGCAAGCGCAUAAUUGCAAGGUACUUUCAGUAA